AUGGUCCAUUUGUUCUUCUCUCGUUUAAAAGUCGCUUGUGCAACUCGCCAUGGCAAGUCGCACGACAAGACCCACCAAUCAUCCCCUCAACCUGUACUCCGUACAAAGUCUGACAAGGCUGCCAAGAAGAUCUUCAUCACACUAAGUGCAGCUGGUGCCGCCCACAUUACCCAAAAUCCAGCAAAUACGGCCCCCAGCUUGCAUUAG